UUCGCCGCGUCUUCCCUGAAGCUAAGAAUCCGACCUUCAUGGUCCCGGGUCUCCAGCAGCCGAGAUGCGCCUCCACCUGCUCCUGCUGCUCGCGCUGUGCGGGGCGGGCUCUACUUCCGGGGCGCUCAGCUACAGCUUAGGAGGAAGCUGGAGGAUCCGCAACGGGAACGGCUCGCUGGAUCUGUUGGGGACGGUCCCCGGCUGCGUGCACAGCACCUUGUUCCAGCAGGGCUUUAUCCAGGAUCCUUACUAUGGAUUUAAUGACCUUAACUACAGAUGGAUUUCCUUGGAUAACUGGAUUUAUAGCAAGGAAUUUAAAAUUCCUUUUGAUAGCAGCAAAUGGCAAAUGAUAAAUUUGAUAUUUGAGGGAGUUGAUACAGUUUCAGAAAUCCUGUUGAAUAAUGUAACUAUUGGGAAAACUGACAACAUGUUCACCAAAUACAUCUUUGAUAUUACCAAUGUGAUCAGAGACGUGAACUCCAUUGAGCUGCGUUUCCAGUCAGCAGUGUUGUACGCCACAAAACAGAGCAAAGCUUACACUAGCCGUGAGGUGCCUCCCAACUGCCCUCCACGUGUGCAGAAGGGUGAAUGCCACGUCAACUUCAUUCGAAAGGAACAGUGUUCCUUUAGUUGGGACUGGGGGCCUUCUUUUCCUACCCAAGGAAUCUGGAAAGGUGUUAGAAUUGAAGCCUAUAAUAUUUGUCAUCUGUAUGACUUCACAUUUGUCCCAAUGUAUGACAACAAAGCCCAGAUGUGGAAGCUUAACAUACAGACAUUUUUUGAUGUCAUCAGCCCAACCCCAGUUGGUGGUCAAAUGAUCAUAGCCAUCCCUGAAUUAAAAAUACAGAAGACAAACAACAUUAAACUUCAACCUGGAAAAAGGACUGUUGAGCUGUCUGUGAAAAUUAACAAGAAUAUUCCUGUGGAAACUUGGUGGCCUCAUGGACAUGGAAACCAGACUGGGUACAACAUGACAAUUUUUUUUAAACUGGAUAAAGAUUUAAAUAUUGAAAGAUCAGCUAAGGUUUAUUUUAGAACAGUAGAACUUAUAGAAGAGCCCAUAAAAGGAUCUCGUGGUCUGAGUUUCUACUUUAAGAUUAAUGGACUUCCCAUAUUUCUGAAAGGCUCCAACUGGAUUCCACCAGAUUCUUUCCAGGAUAGAGUAACUUCUGACUUGUUACGGCUCCUUUUGCAGUCUGUUGUGGAUGCUAACAUGAAUGUUCUUCGGGUGUGGGGAGGAGGCGUUUAUGAGCAGGAUAAGUUCUAUGAACUCUGUGAUGAACUAGGAAUAAUGGUGAGUAGUUGAUGGCAUUUUUAUACAUUGAUAGCGCUCGCCUUGUACGUGCAAGACCCUGGUUUUCUUACAUUUCAGGUCAGGAGACUGAAAUCUCAUCCCUCUAUCAUCGUAUGGAGUGGCAAUAAUGAAAAUGAAAUAGCACUGAUGAUGAAUUGGUAUAAUGUGAAAAUAACUGAUCUACCAGUCUACAUACAAGACUAUGUGGCACUCUAUGUGUCAAACAUCAGAAAGAUCGUCUUGUCAUAUGGAUAUCAGUCCUGGCCUUCCUUCAGUACAUUACAGACGGUCUCAUCUGAAAAGGACUGGUUUUACAAGAGCAAUUUUUCCUUUCAUCGACAACAUCAUCAACAUGGCAACGAUGAAAUGCUGUAUCAGGCUGGACUUCAUUUCACACUGCCCCAAAGCUCAGACCCCUUACGUCAAUUUAAAGACACCAUCUACAUUACACAGGUGAUGCAGGCCCAGUGUGUCAAAACAGAAACUGAGUUCUAUCGCCGCAGUCGCAGUGAGAUAGUAAAUGGAGAAGGCCACACCAUGGGGGCACUGUAUUGGCAGUUGAAUGACAUCUGGCAGGCUCCUUCCUGGUCUUCUCUAGAGUAUGGAGGAAAGUGGAAAAUGCUGCAUUACUUUGCUCGAAAUUUCUUUGCUCCACUGUUGCCAAUAGGCUUUGAGGAUCAAGGUAUAUUUUAUGUCUAUGGUGUGUCGGACCUUCACUCAGACUCUAAAGUGCAGCUCACUGUGAGAAUCCAUGCAUGGAAUUCCCUGACACCUUUGUACUUCACUGUGACUAAACCUUUUGUCCUCAAAGCCGGGAAGGCUGUGUCCAUCUAUGAGCAACCAGUGAAUACAUUGCUAAAGACAUGUGGGAACUGUACCCGCCAAAACUGUGUGGUUUCCUUUUACCUUUCAACUGACCGUAAACGCGUCAGCCCCACCAACUAUCACUUCCUGUCCUCUCUGAAGAAUGCCCAGGGGCUCCUCAAGCCCCAGAUCACAGCCAGCAUCUCUCAGAAAGGUGACACCUUUGUGUUUGCUCUGGAAACCUCAGCUAUUGCUCCCUUUGUUUGGUUGGAUGUAGGAAGCAUCCCAGGGAGAUUUAGUGACAAUGGUUUCUUUAUGACCAAAAAGACACGGACUGUAUUAUUUUACCCUUGGAAACCUACCACCAAGUAUAAAUUGGAGCAGUCUUUUCAUGUGACCUCCCUGGCAGAUAUUUACUGAAGGAAUCCGGCUGUAUUUUCAGUGUACACUGGGAACAACGCCUUUGUUGAGCACCGGCUAGAGAGGAAGACAACCUGAGAGAAGCUGAGGAAACAAGAGGUGCAUCUGCUUGUUCACAGGCGUCUGACACUCUCUCAAUUGGUACAGUGCAUACUGUCAGGGAAGGCUGUUCCUCCAGGGAUGGCCUCAGACAAGGCUGUGCUUAGGUGUUCUUUUUUGCUGUUGUUGUUUUGCUGUUCUGUGGGUUGAACCCAGGGUGCCCUACCACUGAACUAUAACCUCAGCCCUUUUUAUUUUUUCAUACAAAUAAUAAAUGUUCUUAAUAAAAAUUGAACUCGCCAUUUUCCUGCCGUAGCCUCAACGGGGAUUAUAGACAGGUGCCACCGCACCUGGUUUAGGUAUUCUUGAAUCUGUGCCAGAACUAUUUAGCCCUUCAACGUACAGCUUUAGUACUAAAUGAAUCAGUGUCAAGCAGAUUACCUUUCAGGGAGUCACAAGAACAUGACCAUGGUAAUGUCUACUGAGCCAAGUGUGGGAGGUUUUGAAGUAAUUGUAGGCCUUUCAUAGGUAGCCUUGAGAAAUACUGAAUUAUUAAGAUGAAGUGUUUUGUUAUUAUUUCCAGAGGAAUUGGAGGGUCAAAUGUCACAAUAGAGAUUUCUUGGUGGCACCCAUAUUGAUUAUUGUUGCUGAACAGUUUAGAAGGUUGAUCGUUGGUAUAUGAUUCCUAUUCUGGGAUAGGAUUCUUUUUUCAUUUUGGGAAUUGUUAUAAAACAGUUUUAAUAACUUAUUUUUGAAAAGAAUCCUUCUUUGAAAAAUAAGCUCACAUUGACAUGGACAUCGCUAUGUUCAUGCUGGAAAUUUUGAGAUAUUCUGACAUGGGGCUUGUGUGUGGGCUUCAGAUUUGGCUAAAUUCAGUGAGCUUUCCGAUUCAACAAUACUGAAUAUAGACUUUCUGGCUCUGGCACCAAGUGGCAUUCCCUUUAGCUUAAGUUUAAAUCAGUUUAUUUAUAUUGAUUACUUAUAAGUUGCUAUAAAAGUACUUUAUGCCACAUUAUCAUAUCAAUAUGAGUAUGUUGAUAAUAAAAGUAAUGGAGCAAAAUGUUAAUAAGUAACUAAAUUGGGUAUAGAUGGGUAUGUGAAAUUUUUUUGGACUACUUUUACACUUUUGCUGUAAGUUUGAAUGAUAAAAAUAAAAGUUAGAUAAAUUGCACUGACAAUUUGA